GGGCCGGACUCCCGGAUCCCGAGGCUCGAUCGGGACACGCCGACGCUGGAGGUCACGGUCUUCUGUGGCGCAGACGUGCCCGUACUUGCCACACGGUCCCCGCAAUCUCGUUUUCUGAUCCUGAGCCGCGCUUCCAGCCCUCUCUAAAGGACGCCAUGGGUACCCGUCGUGCCCAGAGUUUGUUGUUCCUCCUCCUCCUGGGAGCCCCCUCCUUGGCCUCGGUGCAAAACUUAAAUUGUCACAAGGGCGUGUUCACCAGCAUAGAAGAGGACCCAAGCAGUAUGUUUAACUGGACCACGGAGAAGGUUGAGAGUUGUGAGGGCGGGUCAUUCUGCCAGGAAUCCCUUCUGAUGGUCAAAGCAGGGGCCCAGACCGCAGUUUUGGCCACUAAGGGCUGCAUCUACGAUGGGACGCAGGCGGUGACGUAUGUCCAGCACUCCCCGCCCCCAGGCAUAAUCACAGUCUCCUACACCAGCUAUUGUGAGGAUUCCUUUUGCAACGGCAGAAAGGACCUGCAGGAGCUCUGGAGGCCGGCAGAGACCCUAGAAGCCUCGAGAGCUCCCAGUACAUCAGUACCCUUCUACUGCCCAACCUGUGUGGCUUUGGGGACCUGUCUGACUGCUCCUUCCCUUCCCUGUCCCAAUGAUACAACUCAGUGCUACCAAGGAAGACUUCAGAUCACUGGAGGAGGCAUCAAUUCUUUUUUGGAGGUGAAAGGUUGUACAUCCAUAACUGGUUGCAGGCUGAUGGCUGGGUUCUUUACCAUAGGACCCAUGUGGGUGAAGGAAGUUUGUCCGUACCAGUCUCUCCCUCAACCCCGAAAGACUGAAAAUGGGGCCACCAGGCUUCCUGUUUCAGUUUGGAGGUUCGAGCUGCUGCUGCUGCUGCUGUUACUGCAACAACUAACUUGUCCAUUGUUCCUGUGGAGACACUUCUGGUCCUGGAUCACAGGACACCUCUUUUGACCGGGAGCCUUCUGACUGCUGGUCACCAACAAGUUGAGAUUUGAAGAAAGGAGCGUUCUUGUGGUUGUAUUUUAUAUUUCUAAUAAAGUUUCUACUGUAAUUUGUGUAUA